CAUGCUCAUAGUUUGGUUCUCACCCAAAGCAGCUUCAUCGCUGAUCUUCUAGAAAGAUUCGGCAUGCUCGAUGCGAACAGUGUUAGCACUCCGAUGUCAACCAAUGAACCUCUUUCACUUGAUGAUGGAUCAUCAUCUGCAGAUGCCAAGUUAUUCCGGCAGGUUAUUGGUUCCUUACAAUAUCUAACAUUCACUCGUCCAGAUAUAUGUUUUGCAGUGAACAAACUUGCUCAGUUUCAGCAUCGACCAAGCCUGAAACAUUGGCAAGUAGCCAAGAGACUUUUACGCUACUUGAAGGGUACCAUUACUUAUGGUCUUCACUUCACGCCUGCCACUUCUUUCAAGUUGCUAGCUUACUCAGAUGCUGAUUGGGGUGGUAUACCAGACACCAGGCACUCAACUUCUGCCUAUGUUGUACUUCUUGGCAAUAAUCCAAUAAGUUGGUGCUCCAAAAAGCAACGUACAGUUGCUAGAUCGUCUACUGAAGCAGAAUACAGUGUUGUUGCUUCUGCUGUAGCUGAACUUAAUUGGAUCACAAACUUACUGAAGGAAUUGCAUGUUUUCAUGUCCAGUCCUCCUAAGGUGUACUCUGUGACAAUAUUGGUGCUACCUACUUAA